AUGAGCAAGGCCCACCCUCCCAAGUUGAAGAAAUUUAUGGACAAGAAGUUAUCACUGAAGUUAAAUGGUGGCCGACAUGUACAAGGAAUACUCCGAGGCUUGGAUCCCUUUAUGAAUCUUGUGAUGGGUGAGUGUGUGGAGAUGGCAACUGGUGGGCAGCAGAAUAACACCGGCAUGGUGGUCACAGGAGGAAACAGCAUCAUCAUGUUAGGGAGCCUUGGAAAGGGUCUAAACAAUGGAUGGUCAGCAGCAGAGGAGUCCACAUCCUUCCCCUAA